GUUUAUCGUAUUCUGUUUCAGCUUUUUGAAUUAAUUCGAUUCUUCUUAUAGAACACGAUGAAGCUAUUAAUUAAGUCGCAGUUGUUACUUAUAUUUUUCGUUUUUAUUGAAGGAAAACCUGCAAAUGUUUCAGUAUGUUCGGAUCCGAACGAGGAAUUUCGUUUGACAGGAUGCGAAAAGCAAUGUUCGGAAAAUAUUCCCGAACAUUGCAAUGGGCCUAGAUGUAUGUGUAAAUGGGACUUCGCGCGAAAAGGAAAAAAAUGUGUGGCAUUAAAAGAUUGCGUACGACAAUUUUGUACCGAUCCGAAUGCCAAAUUCAAUAGUGCUUCAGGAGGUGAACGAUUAUGUAUGUCUUACGGCGGUAUUGUUUACUUUGAUUCCUUCGUACCAAUACCCAGCUGCGAUUGCAAACCUGGAUACCUUCAUAACUGUUCUCUAUACAACAAAUGCAUUACUGAAAAAGAAUGCAAAAACAGAAUGGAGAAUCCAAUAAAGUGUUUCUAAGAAUGAACUACUGAACAACUUAUACUCUAUAUUGCAGUUAAUAAACAAAAUUGUCUUUAACAAUAUGUGUGG